GUCGUCUCUUCUCCUUCAACCUUUACUCAACCCAAAGCAAAGCAACCACUCUCUCUCUCUCUCUCUCUCUCUCUCUCUGUUCGACUUUGAAGAAAAGCAUGUCGAUUUCAGCGAUAAAGCUUCCGUUUUCUUGAGGAAUCGCCUCGGUUCUCUCGUGGGUAGUUGCUCAAAUUUCGUGGUUUCACACGUAUUGGCUCGCGCUGCCCGGAGAAGAAGCGGAACGAUCCGUUCUCUCUGAUCAAGCUGCCGUCCUUUUCUUCCUCAGUUACCCUGAGAGUCUCUCCGGUUGGUGAUAUUCGAGCUUCGGAAGCAACGAGACUCUCUCUCUCUCUCUCUCUCUCUCUCUCUCUCUCUCUCUCUCUGUGGAGAAUUCAUCACACGUGCUUCUUGCUGGAGCUGUGGCGAGUGGGUUCAAAGAGCGGCGGAGUUGUUGGCGGUCUUUGGGUCAAUUCGCGCCGAUUGCCGACAGUUCUCGAAGAUUUCCGUCGAGGGUUUUGAUCGGAGACGAUCGAAGAAUGUUGGGUUGCGGGUGUAUUUGCUGGGAAGAUGUCUCCGAAUUAUGUCCUCUGGAGCCAGAGCCCUUCUCUCUGCCUUCGCCUCUUCCCAAGUGGCCUCGAGGCAAGGCUUUUGGUGCUGGAACAAUACGACUGGGUGAUAUUGAAGUAUUUAAAAUUACGGAGUUUGAGAGAGUCUGGAGCUGCAGCCUGUUGCAUGCAAAGAUGCAUGGAGUCACGUUUUAUAGACCUUUAGGGAUACCAGAUGGAUUUCAUUGUCUGGGUUAUUACUGCCAGCCAAAUGACAAGCCGUUGAGAGGCUAUGUUCUUGUGGCUCGUGAAACCAUUGACCCCAACAGUUGUUCUGAUCAUAGCCAUGUCACUGCCCUAAGCUCCCCAGCCAUGAAAAGGCCGCUCAGCUACAAACUAAUAUGGAAAGCCGACUCAGAUCAAAAUGGUUCUGGAUACUUUUGGCUACCAAAUGCACCCAUGGGUUACAGAGCCAUGGGCAUCCUUGUUACUGACAGUCUGGAUGAGCCUGAUGUUGACGAAGUCAGAUGCGUUCGAGAAGAUCUCACGGAGGAUUGUGAGCCUUGUGACCUGAUGUUUGACAUACAACCAAAGAAUGCUCCAUACCCAUUUCGUAUAUGGACCACGCGGCCUUGCAAGCGGGGAAUGUGGGGAACUGGUGUUUCUAUUGGUACAUUCUUCUGUGAUUCAUUCUUAGGUAUAGAGGAAGAGCUAGAUAUAGCCUGCUUGAAGAAUGUCAAUUGCACAAUGCAUGCGAUGCCAAGUUUAGACCAGAUACAUGCACUAAUAAGGCAUUACGGACCCACUGUUUUCUUCCAUCCUGAUGAGGUUUAUAUGCCGUCGUCUGUAGAAUGGUUUUUCAAGAAUGGAGCACUCCUGUAUGAAUAUGGAAAAGAUCGAGGUGAACCGAUCAAGUACGAUGGUUCAAAUUUGCCUUGUGAAGGGUGUAAUGAUGGGGAAUUCUGGAUAGAUUUGCCAGAUGAGGAAGAGGCAAGGAAUCGUGUCAAGAAUGGAGACCUGGAGAGCGCAGAGCUCUACGUACAUGUUAAACCAGCACUCGGAGGUACAUUUACCGACAUCGUGAUGUGGGUCUUUUGCCCAUUCAAUGGACCUGCAACCUUGAAAAUUGGCUUGAUGACCAUUCCGAUGACCAGGAUAGGGCAGCAUGUGGGCGACUGGGAGCAUUUCACUCUCCGUGUGAGCAACUUCACUGGAGAAUUGUGGGGUGCAUAUUUCUCCCAGCACAGUGGUGGUGGAUGGGUCAAUGCGCCUGAAUUGGAAUACAUUGAGGGGAAUAGGCCAAUGGUUUACUCUUCUAAAUGCGGUCAUGCGAGUUUCCCGCACCCGGGGACCUAUCUCCAGGGAUCAUCCAAACUGGGAAUUGGAGCGAGAAACGAUUGCGCUCAAAGCGAGUUCUAUGUAGAUUCAAGCAAGAAGUAUCGGAUUAUUUCAGCAGAGUAUCUCGGUGAUGGUGUAGUAGCUGAACCUUGUUGGCUACAGUACAUGAGGGAGUGGGGUCCAACCAUCACAUAUGACUCGAGAUCCGAAGUAGAUAAGAUAAUAAAUAUGCUCCCUUUCUUUGUGAGGUUCUCUGUGGAGAACCUCUUUGACUUGUUUCCGACGGAGCUUUACGGCGAGGAAGGACCGACAGGACCCAAGGAGAAAGAUAACUGGGUUGGAGAUGAGAGGGACUAGCUUGACGAUCAUUUAAUUGUUUUGUCAUGUACAAGAGGAAGUGGUUCCGGCACAAUCAGCUCUGAAGAACUAGCUCGUUAGAUCAUGCUUACGGAUCGGAGGAGUGAGUCAAGAGAGCAAUUGUACUCUUGUGAAGUAAUCAUCUUCCACUUUUCCAAAGGAAAUGCCACUCGAGAGAUGCUAUUCAGUGGCGAUGCAACUGCUUUCGUGCUUGAGAGAGAGGGAGAGAGAGUGUGUUGUUAUAUGAAAAAAGUGGGGAUGUGUGCCUGCUUUGAUGUAGAGAUUUCAAUCAUCAAAUGAAAAUCAAUUCCUCAGUUUCUCUAGAAAA